CAAUCUGUAUUACUUGUUUAAUGUUUCUCACAACAACAACGAAAACAUCGAAAAAAAAUGAAUAUGAAAAUCGUAGCCAUCUUGAUUUUUACCUUAUUUGUUGCCAUUACAAUGGCCGAUUCUGAUCAAAAAUGUAAUGAUAAUGAAGAAUGGAAAGAAUGUGGUACAAAAUGUCCGGAUACAUGUUUGAAUCAUAAUAUUUUAGAUCGUUCAUGUGUUAAAAUGUGUGUAGCUGGUUGUUUUUGUCGUACCGGUUUUAUUCGUCUUGGUUAUGAUGCAAAUGGUGGUAAUGGUAGAUGUGUACCAAUCGAUUAUUGUGAUUUAAUACCACAUAAAUCAUUCAAUGAAUGAAUGAAUGUUUUUGUUUUUGAAUUUGAUUUGUUUUGUUUUUCUCGAUUCAUUUAUAAAAAUUUCAAAUAAAAAUUUAUUUAUUAACAAACAAAAAAA